AUGCUCAGCGCCGCUCGCCGCGUGCUGAGUGGGGCGGCCAGGCUGACUCCGAAGCCGCAAAGUUGGCAGCCGGCAGUGCCUGCUACUGCAGGAUGCCAGCUUGAAGCAAGACGUGGCUACCGCCAUUGGUGGCGUGUGCUACCUGAGGAUUUUGAGUUGAACUCAGAGUCAAUGCCGAAGGAUGUGAAGUCUCUUAUGGCCAGCAACCCCUACAACCUGGGCUUCAUCGAUGCGUACUGGUACUGGAGGAUCCGCGCUGAAAGCACAAUGAUGGAUCCUGAGAACUUGCCGAAGAAGUCCUACAAGCAACUCUGCCGAGACAUGGGCCUCAGCAUCGUGAAUGAGCAGGCGGAGAAUCUCCUCGGCAUCGUUGAGUUGUACGAGUACCUCAAGUCGUCCCCGUUCAUCGGACCCUUUGGCACCAUCGAAAACCCAGUGCUAGUUCCCGCCAUCCACACUGAGAGAAUUGUCGGCUGCACAGGUGGCACUGGGGACAAUGAGCAUGUCCCUUUGUGGUUCCGCUGUCGUGAAGGCUUCCUUUACCGAUGCGGCGAAUGCGACCAAAUCUUUAUGUUGGUCAGAGUGCUGUACGAGCUGCCAGAAGAGGGCGUGGAGAUCAAUCCCAUUGAUCCUGAUGUGAAGGAUGUCUUCGAUUUUGCUCUCUUGGAGAAGGGCAACGAGGUGUGGAACACCGGCGGCAUGAUCAACUGGCCUACCGGCUACGAUGCCCUGCACGGCACUGUGUAUGGUGGAGGGGCCCGGGAUGAAGACCAGCGCGCCAUCGGAGAGUGA